CAAAAUUGAUUUUUAACCCACAAUGCCUUUAAUAUCCACAACUGAAUUAAAUAAAUUAGUUUGUUUUCAACAAUGUUUGGAGAAAUCUAUAUCUACAACUAUAGAUCACCUCAGGAAGUUUCCAAGUUAUAAAUACGUUCCAGAUAUGUACGUAGAACAAGAGCAAGACAGACGAAGAGACAAAGAAACUAUACGUAGUAACGUAGAUGAAAUUGCAGGCAAUUUACAGUCAAAAAUUGAGUUUUUAAAGUGUAACAGUUCUGUAAGUAACACUGACUUGAAAAAGUUUAAACACGAGAUGAUUAUGAUCCAAGAUUUGAUACAGAGUUUGUUGAUAAAUAGUAAAAUGAAACUAAAAGCUUUAGACAUAGAGUACAUAGAAAUAAAUCAAGAUCUAGAUUAUUACAAAGAAAAAAUGUUUGAAUGGUCGGAACCGGUUAAUAUUAAAGAACCUUUAAGUAUAAAAACCGAUUAUAAAAAACCAUAUAGUAAUUUGAAGUGUGUAGAAAUGAGAGAGUUCAUAGAUUUCAUCAAAAGAAGUGGGGGUCAUGAAAACGGCUGGGAUAAAGACGACCAUCAGCUCUUCAUUAAGUUUAGAAACAAAUUUAAGGAUGUAUCAAUAGUUUCCCAAAAAAUAAACGAGGUACUACCAGAUAAAAGUAUACAAGAUGUUCAAGAACACGAAGCGUGGUACAAACAAUAUAUGAUUCUUAAGAAAAACAAAAAGGAAGCUUUGAAAAGGUGGCAGGAAUCAAAAGCCAAAACGAAACCAAGUACAGUGGCGAAUCUGCUAAACGAUAUUGUUAAAAAACCUGUUUUAGUUAACAAAUCGGAAAAUCAGAGAGAGAAACUCGUGCAGUGGAAAUUAGAAAAAGAACAAAUGUUGAGGAACAAUCUAAGUAUAGAAGAGAUAGAACAACAAAAGAGAAGAGAGAUUGCGGAGAUGAGAAAAAGAAGAAACGAAGAAAUGAAAAGAAUAGUAGGUGAAUGGAAAGCUGCAAAAAAUUUAUUAGACCAGGAAUACACAAAAAGAAAAAAGGAACAAGAAGAGAACGAAAGGAAAAGAAAAGCUGCAGAAGCUAACAAAUUGAUCAAGCAAUAUCAAAUUCAAGAUGACUACUAUAUCCUAAAAAUGAGACAACAUAAGAAGCGUCUAGAAACUCUCCAACCAGUAAGAAGUAAAUCAAGUCAAAUCGCCAAAAGAGAUCCACAUAGACUACUGAGACCGACAGAACAAUGGAGAAACAGAGUUCAAGACGACACUAUAUAUCCUUUUGAAGAAGUUAUUCCAUUAAAGAAGUUACCAAAGUUGAAAGUUCCUGAUUGGAGAAAGAAAAUAGUUUAAUAAGCUUUAUAUGUCCCAAGGAUUUACC